AUGAAUAGGUUAAACAUAGUUGAAGUACUAAAUCAAUUAAAUUCGUCAAAAAUUAAAGAGAGAAAUCAUGCACUAGAUGAGUUAACAACAAUAUUAAAGCAAGAGCCGGAUGCAAUUCCGACAAAAGCACUUGCAGUAACAGCAGAACAUUUGAUCGAAGCUUUAGACUUAGAAGAGCGAAGAUACUCAGAAAUUAGAGAUAUACCAUCUGAUACAAAUAGGGGUAAGCUGUCAUUAAUAGAGAAUAGAGUAUCUACAACGGGGUAUGUUAUAAGGCUUUUUAUAGAAAAAACAAGUUCAAGAUUCAAGACAAGAACUCUGGAACUUUUGCUGGUUGCAAUCCCAGAAUUGAUAAUAAAGGAUGGGCAUGAUAAUCUGUUAGCAUCUGUAUCUUCACAAUUGAGUUAUGGCAUGCUGCUUCUCGUUGAAUCAGAACUUUUUAAAUCGAAAUUUCAGUGCCACAAAUGGAUCUCAAUUGCUGAUAAAAUAUGUGAAUUUUUGGACAAACAGGUCAAAACUUCUAUAAAUGAUAGGAGUUGUAUAAAUUUUUUGUCGAUUAUUUCCGCUUUAUUGUCUCUAGACAGUAUAGCUUUAUAUGAAUGCUCUGUAAACAUUAUCGAAACCAUCAUAAGCUUUUUGAGAAAAAGCAAAAAAGAGAGUGGUACUACUAGACUAAUUUUAGAAAUAAUAAACAAAUUGGUAGUAAAAACCCAUUGUCUUAAUGUAAAAGAGGUUUUAGUGUUGAUCAAUGAAGCAAUGACAUAUGGACUGGCAAUAGACGAAUCUUCUAAUGAAUUGAUUCAAUUAGAAUUCGCUCUUUUCGACUACUUUUCUUCAGGCUUAUUAAGAAAUAAUAUGCCUUGUGGAGUUGGAGUUGAGAUUGAAGAUCCAGAAAAUGCAAAGGAGUUAUUCUUAUCACAAUUAAGGGAGUAUUUAGUCUUGCGACUACUUUCUUAUAAGAGUACUGCGCUCCAGCUCGACGAAUUAGAGUUUGAGGACCACUUUUCUCAAAGAAAAAGUACACCUUUUGAAUUCGAUAAUUUUCAGUUAAAGAAGAGCUCUAGUGCUUUGCCGUGGCUGAAACUUUUAAGCUUAUAUGAGCUUUUAGUUACAUAUUUCGUCAACUCAACUGAAAGUGAAGGCGUUAUCCCAUUAUUCAAGAAAAGAAAAAGCCAGGCAGGCUAUGCUUCGAUGAUUUCGGCAUCUAGUAACAUUCAAUCCUUCAUAUCGAAAUGCUUGGCAGAUGAUAGUGUCAUUCCUUUACGGUUACUAGGUCUGCAGUUACUCAUGAUUGACUGCUCCUUGACGAUUUAUUCUCAAGAUGAACUAAAGGGUUUCAAGGAGCUUACCCUAAAACAACUUGAUGCCCCUUCUUUGCUUGUAUGGAGCUUAGCUUGUCUUUCAAUACUGCUGUCUGAACAAGAGUUGAAUUUGUCAAAUUAUGAGGUUAUAAAGCUAUUCAAGGUUUGUUUACCUCUGGUGAACUCUCAGGAAAACUGUAAAAUCUCCUGCGUUUUAAUAGCUCGAAUGAUAAAAUAUUCCAAGGUUACGGUGGAAGACAAUCAACUCACUACUCAGAUAUUUGAUAUAUAUGAACUGUCAGCCUUCUAUGGGCCAGCUAUUGUUUCUAACGAAUCCUUUCAGUUUUGGUAUUAUCUACAUUACUAUGGAGAAGCAUUUAAAUCAAGGGAUGGUUCUUUCGCAGAGCACAAAAUUUUACAAUGGCUACAGAAGAGGAUUACUCAAUUAGAGCUAUUAGAUAUUUCACAGUGUUUUUUCAAUCGGUUUAUAGCAUGGCUCUGUCAAAAAAAUAUCAAUAAUAACAAUGAUGAUCGUAUUUAUCACGCUGAUAUGCAGAGGGACACCGGUCAAUCAAUUGAUUUAUAUCUUGCUUGGAUAAACAACGAGGUUUUCAGGGAUUUUCUUCUGCAGUCAAAAGUAUCUAAUAAAAUAAGGAAGAUAAAGAAAGAUCGAAAACCGAUACCAAAAACGGUGCAUCGCUGUCAAGCUCAGAACAUAAUCUUACAAAUAUUAGACUUAAUAGACCAAAAAAAGACUAGUGGUAUGCAAAGUGGACUUAGUUGCCUUUUUGAGAUUUUGAGAGCAGUGAAUUCACUUGUUGGAGAUUACAGUUACACAGAAUUUUUGGUGUCAAUAAAGACUAGUGCGUCGCUGGUUUUUUCAACAUUAAACUUCCAGGAGAAGGACGAUUUUGCUAAUUUUUUCAAAGAGCUGGCAAAAUCUGAUCUCCCCAUUCAUAUCUUAUCUGACAUCCUAGAUUUAAGAACCAUCUUCUUAAAAUACAAGCAGUUCUUAAUGAAGGCGGGCUUUUCAGAAGACUGGAACUCUCAAGAACACAAUAAUUAUUCCCAAUCUGCAUUAGUCGAAACAAAGGUAUUUGGGAGGAAAAAAAAUGACUUAACGAUAAUUUCAGAGCUGCACGUAUCUAUUAUAGCUCUUUGUCGAUUAUAUAGGCAUUCAAAUGUCCAAGAGUGCUUAUCUAUUUUUGGUGAGUUUGUGACAGGCUUGAGUUCACAACUAUUUUUUGAAGCAUUUUCCACUUUGUUGCUGUCAUUCGAAGAGAUUGGUGGAUUCGAAGAGGAAUUACAUUGUUCUAACUUAGAACACCUUACUGAACUUAUUGGUACGCAUUUCUUAAGUGUGAAGUACAAUACUGCAAACUAUUCUAUCUAUCAUCUCUCCAAGUUUCUUGACUUGACAAGAGCAUACUGGGUUAAUCAGCAUGAUAGUUCUCUUCAUGAGGACUGUUGCGAUAUUCUAAACUGGAUUAUAAUGCGUUUCGAAGAUGGAUCAUUCAGUGGUGUGGGGGCAAUAUGCAGUGUAUCAAAACUUUUAUUACAUCUAUUGAUGUACCAUAAUUUAACUCAAGCCAAAAUUAAAGGUAAAAAACAGAGAAUAUUUGCUACUUUCAUAUCAUGUUUAACAAGAUUAGAUCGAGCUACUAUUGCAACACAAAUUGAUGAAAUAGUAUCUUAUAUGAAUACUGUAAGUUAUAAGAAUCAGUAUAUCAUUUUUUCUGAACUAAAAUCUUUGUUUAAGUCCCCCUGUGAAUCAUUGGAAGCCGCGAGUACUUACGCAUACGUAAUGAGUAAAGUGACAAUAGUAAGUUAUCCAUUCAUGGUGUAUUCCAUAACUGAAUUGUUGACCUAUAAUUCUGAGAAAGUCAGUCUCUUCUAUGCAAAAGCUUCUCUUCGAGAAAUUUUAUUUGUAAAUAGGUUAAGAGACGAGAAACAGCUAUUUGACGUUAUUAAGUUUGAUAUUUUAUCCCAUUGGAUUAUAGAAACCAAGCCUUCGCGAACUGACACGACUAGCAUUUGGCAAGUAGAGUUUUUUGGUUUUACUGACCUUACAGAACUUUUUUCUCGGUAUUCAGUAGAGAUAGGCGCAUUAUAUCUUGCCUAUGGUUCAGAAAAUACUACGAUUAUGGAGUACUUUAGGCAACUAGGAAAGUCAGACUUAUCUGAGAUCUUAAAAGAUACUUUUUUCUUGACGAUUCCUCUCUCAUAUGUUCAAUUUGGUAUACAAGGCAAAAUUCACGACGUAGGAGCUCAGCUACUAGGAAAAAAUAUGGUUCGUUACAACAAAAAAUUCCGUAUAUCUCUUUUCAAAUGGCUUUUGUGCUUUAUUGAUCUUGGUUCUUUAGGAGAUUUGAAAGCACAUUUACAAAAAGAAGGUCAUAAAUCUAUCUUACUAGAUCAAAUACCACAAUUGCUUUCUUCCACACUAAAGUACAAAUUUCCAUUGAAUAUAACUUUACAUAAAGCCCUGGAGCUUUUAGACAAUUUUUCGCUGGACAAGCUCCCUUUAGUAGAAGCGAGGCUAAUUUCCUUAUGGAUUUUAGCUGAUUUACGAAAGUCUAAAUUUCCAGUGGAAAAAGCUAGAUGUUUAAGACAGUUGAGUUUCAUUCUGGUUUUGUUUCCACCAUUAUUCCUCGAUCCAUUAUUGAUGUCAGUGGCCUUAAGAUCUCUAUCUAAAAUUUUAUGUGAUCCUUUUGUCCACGAUGAAACCGCAAAUAUAAUCUCUGUAAUACUUACAAGAUGUUUCAGCGAAAAUAUUGACAUAGCAAAUAAUUUAAGUGAAGUAUAUUUGCAGGUGUUUCAUUGUAUGAAAAGAGAAGACUUCAGGUGCAGUGAUGCUCUAAAAAAUACUCUAAGUGAGAUUAGAAAUUUUGAGACUCUUUCACACUUCAGAAUUUGGAAAUAUUGUGGAGAUGUGAUAAAAGGCGAGCCAUUGACCACAAAGGUCUUGGAUUUUGAUGAGUUUGUGAAUGCGACUGAAUGUGCUGUGGAAAAUCUGUCUUUGAUGUCAGUUCUCUUUUCAUAUAUUAAAUGGCCUAAGCUCCAUGAGCCAGCUAUCUCCCCAUCGAGCAUAGGCAUUCAAAAUCUUAUAAGUUUGGAUGUUCCGAGUUUUUACAUUUCAGAUAACUUUCGUUUAUGGACAGCUUACUAUGUUUCUGAAUAUCAAUUAGAGUUAGAUAUGAACGCGAACGGGCCAAACACCCAUCAGUUUAAUCGUAUAGAGUUCAGUACACUUAAGACAGAUGUUGGUUCCCUUAAUUCAUUGCACAAUAUUUUUCUCGACUUUAUCCAGGAGGCUACCAUUUUGCAGAAUGCAAGAGUAGUUUUCUUGUGUGACAUUAUAUUAUCUAACAUAAUUCAUUUGUACUCUCAAGAGCAGGUGGGAAUUAUUAGGGAGAAGUAUCUCGAUUAUAGGACCUGUAGUAAUACAUUAGAAAAGGAAUCGUUAGAUUCGAUGAUUGGUCCAAUAUUGUUGGAAGACAAUGCCAUUUUUUUAAGUAAGCACUACUUGGAAAACAAGAUAUUAUAUGAGGACUGGCUGCUAAGCUUUAUAUCUGGUCUUCUGAAAUCUCUUGCUAUUUCUUUCCCAUAUACCGAGAUAUUUUAUAUUCUCUGCCAAGAAUCGAUUUCAUUUUCAGAAAGUAUUCUUCCAACUUUGCUAGCCCUUGUUCUUUAUUAUGAUCCAAAGGAUUCAAUGUCGCAUUAUGAGGAAAUGCUUGCUAAAACUUCUCAUUUAUUAAAGGUAUCUGAUUCAGAUAAGAAAAUACGAAUAAUAGUUCAGUUAGUAACUGUCAUUAGAUCUGGCAGUAGAAAAGGCGACAGGGUUUGCCAGAAUCUUUACAGCAAGCUAGAUUUAGAGGCAUUAUGUAAACUGAUGAGUGAAGCGCGGUAUUUGAAAUUUAGUUACAUGUUAUUUGAAGAAACAUCGAUGUCAAGGGAUUUGCCACUAAAUAUUCAAUUAUUGCUUGAAAUCUACGAAAAGCUGGACGAUAUUGACCUACUUUCGGGGCUUCCAUCAGCUCAUAGCCUGCAAGAUGCCUUCAGUAGCAUAAGAAAAAGUGAUCCAGAUUCUUGGAAAGGUUUUCUCUUUUCGAGUGCCAAAUUUGAUUGUGCAUAUAAUGGCAACUUGCAAAUUGACGAGAAAUAUCUGGUUCAUUCUUUGGAGUCGAAUGGCUUGUAUGCAUUGACGAGCAUAUUCUCCCGUGCUACGCAGGGUCGAGUGACGAAUGAAAGCUAUGAAUGGAGUUUGCAGUUAAACAACUGGGAUCUUCCUUUACCUGAAAAGAUCGACAGUAAGGAAAGCGCAUUAUAUUAUUCUUUAAAAAGAAAUAUGAAUGAGCCCAAUUCCUUCUCAGACAAUCUCAAACAAUCAUUGAUACAAAUUAUAGACAGUAAGCCAUAUUUUGAAGAUGUCAAAGAAUGGCUUAGUUCCGUUCGUGAAGUCAGUAUGAUGAGAGAAUUGGUUUCUUCAUAUGGAUCUCCUGAUCGGAUAGCUUCAAUGUUUCAAAAAUAUGACUUUUUGGAUCAACAAGAGCUGAGCCGCUUAAAUUUCUCAGAAUAUAAGAAUGAUAUUCAAUGGAGAUAUUCUUUUUCUAAUGCAGCAAUGUUGAACAAUAAGAUAAUAAAAAAGCCCGAUUCUGUUGAAUUACAACUUAUUUCCCUCUUCCAAUUAGCAUCUUGCAUAAAAUGCGCCGUUUUUAGUGCAGCACCGCAGGAUGCUCUAAGAAAUUCUUUCAUGAUGGAAACCCUUCUCGAGCUGAAUAGAAAAUCGAUGAGUAUGGAUGAAAAUAUUAUGAAAGUCUAUGAAAGACAACAUUUAUUUUUAUCUACUAAGUCACUUUGGGAAUCUGGAGAAUUUAAAGCCCCAAUUAACAUACUUAAGGAUCUGUUGUCUGAAUCACUAGACUUUUAUAGUUCCUUCAAUUCUCGAUACCGUUCUCUAUCUCCAUUUUUUUUGGUGUCACAGGAUGAAGUUAGGGCAUACUUAGUGAAGUGGACCUCUGAUUCGAGACUAGAGUCUGCGACAAAUAUAUAUGACAAGUAUAUUAGUGAACGAGAGAUUACUAUAGAUGACCAUGAACUAAGAGCGGAUGUUUUGUAUAUAUAUGGUGAGUUCCUCGGAAAACAAAUACGAAAAUUACAAGAAAAUGGAUCUAUAACUGAAACGGAAAGUAGAUGUGACGCCAGCUUAACAGAUUUGAAAAAAUUGCGUGUGAUUUAUACAGAUAAAAGCCUUCCUGAAACUGAACGUAAAGAAGCCAAAAGGCAUUAUAAUAAAGUUCACUUACAAUAUAAUGCAGAUAAGGAAAUUUUGAAUAGCCUAUUCAAACAGAGGGAAAAAUUCGCAUGGAAUGCCCUGCAUUUUUAUCUGAAGGUUUUAGUGUUUACAAAUAAGUAUGAUAGUGAUGGAAUUGAUAAAUUCUGUGGACUUUGGUUUGAGUAUGAUACCAAUCUGGAAAUCAAUAAAUUACUCUAUAAAGAGAUUGGCACGGUCCCAAGCUGGAAGUUUUUACCAUGGGUUAAUCAAAUUGCUUCGAAGCUGUCGUCAGAAACUUCAGAAUUUCAGAAGCCUUUGCAACUAACUAUGAAAAGGCUUCUGUAUAAAUUGCCAUAUGAUUCUUUAUAUUCUAUCAUGAGCAUUCGCCUUUAUAGGAUGCAUAUUGCAUCAGACGAAACUAUGGUACAAAGGGUGGAAGCUGCCGAAAGAAUAUUGAAAGAACUGCAAAGUUAUGAAAAGGGAGCAUUUUAUAAGGACUAUGUGUUACCGGUUCAAGAAUUUUGUGAGAAGUCAGUGGACUUAGCUAAUAUACAAGCCAGCCGAAGCGCAAGCGUCUUCUCCUUAGACAAACUGUCUGAUGGUAGAUAUUGGACAGAUAGACUAUAUGGGCAUAAACUUCCAUUGCCCACAAGCUAUACGCAUAUCUUAAGUUCAGCAGAUGGUAAAAAGGAAAGACCUUAUAUAAUAUCAGUUAAUAAAGAAGUGGCUGUCACAUCAACAGGGAUAUCCCUUCCAAAGAUAGUGACGUUUACAAUAUCUGAUGGUUCUGUACAACGAGUCCUAAUGAAGGGAAGCAAUGAUGAUUUGAGACAAGAUGCGAUUAUGGAGCAGGUUUUUCAACAAGUAAAUAAUAUUUUAAGAAGAAGUAAAGAUCUAAAAAAGUUGCAUUUGGGAAUCAGGACAUAUAAAGUUAUUCCUCUGGGACCAAAAGCAGGAAUAAUUGAAUUUGUUGCGAAUUCCAUUGCUUUGCAUGAGAUAUUAUCAAAGCUUCAUAAGAACGACAAUGUUAAAUUUGAGCAAGCAAGAAAAUUGAUGCGUAGCGUCCAAAUGAAGGGAAAUUCAGAACGAUUGGAUAUGUAUACCACUAUAACGAGGGAAAUACGACCACAGUUGCGAAAUUUUUUUUUCGAUUCAUUUACUGAUCCAGAUGAAUGGUUUGUUGCAAAGAAAAACUAUGUUAAAGGAAUUGCAGCAACUUCAAUUGUGGGACAUAUGCUUGGUUUGGGUGAUAGGCAUCUAAAUAAUAUACUUCUCGAUUCAUCGACCGGAGAGCCUAUCCAUAUUGACUUGGGUGUCGCAUUUGACCAGGGAAAGUUGUUACCUAUUCCCGAGCUUGUACCGUUUAGGCUAACGAGAGAUAUAAUUGAUGGAUUUGGAGUCACAGGAACGGAUGGUCUCUUUACUAAAAGUUGUGAACAAGUCUAUUCUGUAUUAAGAAAAGAGUAUGAAAAAGUUAUGUGUGUUUUGAAUGUGCUUAAGUGGGACCCUUUGUAUUCAUGGGUAAUGUCUCCUAUGAAAAAGCACAAGCAUUUGCUUGAAGAUGAUGACGAAAUUUACGGUGAGUUAUCGUCAAGUAAGCCAUCAUCCUCUGGAAAGGAUCAUAAUAACGAAUCAUACAGAGCAUUGAAAAGUGUUGAAGAUAAAUUAAUUGGGAACGGUCUAAGUGUAGAAGCAACUAUUCAAGAUCUUAUCCAGGAGGCUACUAACCCUGAAAAUCUUGCGGUAAUCUACAUGGGAUGGUCACCAUUCUAUUAA